AUGAUUCCGCCUGCUUGUGCAACAUCGUCCUCAGGUGUAUUACAUAGGAAGGAUUUGCUGGAAAAACGAAGCAAGUAUAUCGGGAACAAAUGCGAAAUUUUUUACAAAACUAAUCCACUCGUGGUUACUAAAGCAUACAUGCAGUAUUUGUACGAUGAAAACAGCAAUUGUUUCAUUGAUUGUAACAGCAACGUUCAACACGUCGGUCAUUGUAAUCCAACAGUAAAUAGUGCCAUUAAUGAGCAGUUAUCAUUGUCAUCUUGCAAUAUACGGCUGGUCAGUUCAAAACUUACUGAGUGUGCAGAAAAACUGUUGGAAACCUUACCCGGGCUUGAAACAGUCUUUUUCUGUAAUUCUGGUUCCGAAGCCAACGAUUUAGCGUUACAGUUGGCCCGAGACUACACAAAGAACACCGAUGCGAUUGUGCUGGAACAUGCUUAUCACGGUCAUGUGACAUCAACGAUGCAGUUAAGCCCCUACAAAUUUGAACACGGCGGUUCAAUCACAAAACCUGAAUGGGUUCAUGUUGCUCCAUGCCCAGACGUUUAUCGAGGGAAGUACCGCUUAACUGAUGAGCAACUAAACAAUGAAGAAGCCAAAACUGCAGUGGGCAAAAAGUACUCCAGUGAGGUCGAACAAAUCAUUCAACAGGCCACGUCAAAAAACAGAAAAAUUGCGGCUUAUUUUGCUGAAGCGCUGCAAUCUUGUGGUGGUCAAGUACUGCCUCCAGCCCACUACUUUUCAGAUGUAGCAGGGUACGUCAGAAGCGCUGGCGGUCUAGUGGUGAUAGACGAAGUGCAAACAGGAUUUGGACGAGUUGGCCAAACUUUCUGGGCUUACCAGAUGUAUAAUGAUGAUUUUACACCCGACAUCAUCACCAUGGGUAAACCAAUGGGCAAUGGCUUCCCAGUAUCUGCAGUCGUGACACGCAAAGAAAUUGCUAACGCACUUGGGGGUCAAGUUGAUUACUUUAACACGUAUGGAGGAAACCCAGUAGCCUGUGCUGCAGUUCUUGGGGUCCUAGAAGUUCUGAAGAACAACAAUUUGCUAGAGCAUUCGCAACGAAUGGGUGAACUUUUCAAAGUAGAACUGAAUAAGCUGAAGCAAAAACACUGUGCAAUUGGGGAUGUAAGAGGUACCGGCAUGUUUUGGGGCAUAGAUCUUGUCAAGGACCGGAAAACAAGAGAACCCAAUGCAAAACUAGCAUUAAAAUUAGUAAUGAAGAUGAGACAAGAAUAUGGAAUUCUCAUAAAUUGCGAUGGCCCAUACAAAAAUAUCUUGAAAAUAAAGCCCCCUAUGGUUUUUAACGAAGAAAAUUUGGAGACGAUUGUGUCUGCUAUCGACAAAGCAUUAACAAAUUUACCAACAGUUACCGGUCUUUGA